AAUUAAGCACACUACAGCCAAGAUCGACGCUGUGUCACAUAUACUAAGCAUUCUUCCAGUGGAGCGCACCAUGUUCACUCCAUUGGUGUUGCUGAUUAUAAUUACAUUCGUUUCAACAGUCCAAGGCUUUUGCGGCUCUAGCAUCCGUUGGUCACAUCAUUUGAACAUAGAGGAUGCCUAUGGAAUAUGGUACGGUGUAGGUUACGCUCAACAUACCCCAGAUAUGACUAACAAGCCUAAUGAAGUAGGCUGCGUCACACUGUAUAUAACUGAUGCAAGUGUUGAAGGUCAGGAUGAUUGGCUCGACUGGUCGAUAAUGAAAAGAAAUUAUUCCAAUGAAAAUUGGCGAUCAUACAAAAGCAAUCCGUGGUCAGACACCCAAAUGUCCGGGUCGUGGUUGGAUGUUCGUCUCAAGAGAAAGGUCAAGAGGGAUAUUUAUAAUGAGCGACGUUUACGGAUCAUUUGGGAUGAGGACGGACAAACAAUGGAGCAGGUAUAUGUGUACUCCCCAGAGGCUCCAGGGCUUUGGGUUGCUGAGCAACGUCAGCGUUUGGAAACAUUGUUACUAUCUAGAGGGAUAGAUGUAUGGUUCCCCGAAGAUACUCCGAGACAUCCCGAAGUGAUAAGAGUGUUGAAAUUAACUCCUCAUAUGAUGAUCAUUAAUCAUUGUUCAGACAAAGGUGGCGGAGGUAUUUUCUCCCUCAUACUCCGAAGAUCACCAUCAAAGAUUGAAAGGUGGGAGUGGUAUGAUUUACAAAGGCAAUUUUUCAGAUUCGAAUUACCGAAUAUGUAUAGGUAUUCGGCAAUCUGUGCUGGUUGUGUUCAAAUGAGUUCUUUAUAUUUUAUGAUACUUUGUAUGACUUUACUAAUAGUAUUGUAAUUGUUAACUAUGUUUAUUAUAUUUAAAGUUACUAAAUGUAUGUCUACCUAGGUAUAUAUAUUUUUAAAAUAAGUAAUGUAAAUGAAAUCUGUUCCAAGUAAUAAAGUUUUUGAGA